CCAUCUGUACCUCUGCUUACAAGGAUCUUCCUCAGCUGUUGCCUGCUUACGAGAUGGAGAUCAAAAACUCACCAUCAAGCCUUGGUUCGCCGGCUUCCUACAGCUGUAGCCAGUCCAUCCUCACCCUGGAGCACGGCCCCCUCUAUAUCCCUUCUUCCUACGUGGAGAGCCGCCACGAAUACUCAGCGAUGACCUUCUACAGUCCUGCCGUGAUGAAUUACAGUGUCCCUGGCGGCACCGGUAACCUGGAAGGAGGGCCCAUCCGACAGACCGCCAGCCCGAACGUGCUAUGGCCAACUUCUGGACACCUCUCUCCUCUAGCGACCCAUUGCCAGUCAUCGAUUCUGUACGCGGAGCCUCAGAAGAGUUCUUGGUGUGAAGCAAGAUCACUGGAACACGGCUUGCCUGUGAGCAGAGAGACACUGAAAAGGAAACUUAGUGGGAGCAGUUGUGCCAGCCCUGUUACCAGUCCAAGUGCCAAGAGGGAUGCUCACCUCUGCGCCGUGUGCAGCGAUUAUGCGUCUGGCUAUCACUACGGCGUCUGGUCGUGUGAAGGAUGCAAGGCCUUUUUUAAAAGAAGCAUUCAAGGACAUAACGAUUAUAUCUGUCCCGCCACGAAUCAGUGCACCAUAGACAAGAACCGGCGGAAAAGCUGCCAGGCCUGCCGACUUCGCAAGUGUUACGAAGUCGGAAUGGUGAAGUGCGGAUCCAGGAGAGAAAGGUGUGGGUACCGCAUAGUACGAAGACAGAGGAGCUCCAGUGAGCAGGCGCAGUGCCUGAGCAAAGCCAAGAGGAACAGCGGGCACGUACCCCGGGUGAAGGAGCUGCUGCUGAGCGCCCUGAGCCCAGAGCAGCUGGUGCUCACCCUGCUGGAGGCAGAGCCGCCCAACGUGCUCGUGAGCCGUCCCAGCAUGCCCUUCACCGAGGCCUCCAUGAUGAUGUCCCUCACCAAGCUGGCCGACAAGGAGCUCGUGUACAUGAUUGGCUGGGCCAAGAAAAUUCCCGGCUUUGUGGAGCUCAGCCUGCUGGACCAAGUCCGGCUCUUGGAAAGCUGCUGGAUGGAGGUGCUGAUGGUGGGGCUGAUGUGGCGCUCCAUCGACCACCCCGGCAAGCUCAUCUUUGCUCCAGACCUCGUUCUGGACAGGGAUGAGGGCAAGUGCGUGGAAGGCAUUCUGGAGAUCUUUGACAUGCUCCUGGCGACGACGUCAAGGUUCCGUGAGUUAAAACUCCAGCACAAAGAGUAUCUCUGUGUGAAGGCCAUGAUCCUCCUCAACUCCAGCAUGUACCCGUUGGCGACAGCAAGCCAGGAGGCGGAGAGCAGCCGGAAGCUGACACACCUGUUGAACGCAGUGACGGAUGCCCUGGUCUGGGUGAUUGCAAAGAGCGGCAUCUCCUCCCAGCAGCAGUCGGUUCGACUGGCCAACCUCCUGAUGCUUCUUUCCCACGUCAGGCACAUCAGUAACAAGGGCAUGGAACACCUGCUCAGCAUGAAGUGCAAAAAUGUGGUCCCCGUGUAUGACCUGCUGUUGGAGAUGCUGAAUGCGCACACGCUUCGAGGGUACAGGUCCUCCGCCUCGGGGUCCGAGUGCAGCCCAGCAGAGGACAGUAAGAGCAAAGAGGGCUUCCAGAACCCACAGUCUCAGUGA